GCAAGGAAGAGUUGGAUAAAAUGAUCAUACUUGGUUCUUUUGAGCAGAGCAUCAUAAUAUCUAACUACAUAUGCUGAAAGACAAUAAUGUCAAAUUGAAAAACCUUUACUACAAUAAAGGAAAGCAAUGAGUCUAGGUCAAAAUAAUAAUGAAAUGUCUCUCUGCCUUUUUUCAUUGUGCCUAUUUAGUUCAGAUGGUCAUCUUUAUAAAAUGGUCUUUUCAACACAGCACUCAGUUGGACUUGCUGGACCAAAAAAAAAAAGGCAGCAUCCAGUUACUGCUGUUUAUUUCUUCCAGUUUCAGUUUCAAUCAGCAUCAUCCUUCUGUCUUGGAACUACUGUGAUCCUCUACAGUGGUGGUUACCUGCUGGCCCAAUUUCAGAAUGUAAACAGCUAACUGUAUUGCUGCUAAAAAAAAUCAAGUGGCGAGUAAUGCUCUAGACCACAGUGCUGAUUGUGAUAAUGUUUCUGUAAGUCUCAUCAAAGUCUUUAAUAAGUAGGAAGGCUUUUCAGGCAAGUGACACAGGUACAUCAGGAAGUUAGCUUUCAUAGCUUUCAUUAAAAAAUGGAACAAAACACACAACAGUUUGCAGAGUUAGUAAAAUAAAAGUGUCCUUCUCUACUGAAAAUGAGAUUUUGAGUAGGAGAACAAGAGCAGAGUGCUAUGUGAGAAGGAAAAGACAAAAGAACAGAGAUAGGAAGAAACCCAAGAGCAAGAUAAACAGUUUCCGUAGUUCUUUUGGCCUCAAUGGUUAUGGGGAUCUGCCGUCCUAGGUGCUAAUCAGUGGUGCAGUAAAUGGCAACUUCUAGUUCCAAACCCUUGCUCCUUAGGGCUACAUGUUCUGUCCUGUGUAUGUAUAGCUGCAGUAUUCAUAUGCUUUUUCACUCCUUACAUCUCCAGAUACUUUUCUUUUGAGUAUUCUUUAUUCUGUGUUAAGGUAGUAAUAUCUAUUUUUACAGGUAGCUGUUCUGUACCCCUAUUCCAUAAGCAUCUUGCCCACUGAACCAAAGAAACACUGUGUCAGAGUAGGUAAUUGAAUCAUAUCUCCCAGUCUCAGUGUCCUAAUCAGUGGGUAAUACCAGCUUUUGGUUAAGUUCUGAGUCUUUUACUGGGGAAAUAGACUUCAGCAAAGCAUGUUGGUGUUUGCCAGUUCAGAACUUACGAGAUUUGUGGAAAGGAUAUGGAUUUCAGAUGACUUAAUAUAGUACUAAAAAAAUAAGAUGUAUUUGUGGUAGCUAAAAACUGUGUCUUCAACAGGCCUCCAGUUAUGUUCCAAGUUGUAAGGAAUUGAAAAAGCAGCUGACAAUAUAUUCGUGUAAUUGUAGUGGUGAUGGCUUAAAUAUAUGAAGAAGUGAGAUUUUGCUUUAGAAAGAAAUAGUGUGACUUACUAGACCAUUUAAUGUCUUUGGAGAAAAGCAAUCGUGUUUUUGGCCAGAAGAUCUCAUGAAGAUCUGUAUUAAGGUGUUGGAGGAAAAAGAGGGGAGUUCAUCACAGCUCCAGUCUUGGACUGUGCAGCCAUCCUUUGAAGUGAUUCCAGCUCAGCCACAGCUAGUGUUUCUUCGUCCAUCAAUCCCACCUCCCAUUAAUCCUCACGCUGUUGGUAAAAAGAGAAAUGACUCCACUAAUUACCUGCCCAUCCUGAAUUCUUUUCCCAAAAUAGCACCACAUCCCUGCAAAAGAGAUCACUCCUUUGAUCUAGAAGAAUGUCAGGAAACCACUUGCCAUAAACGACUCUGCACAGAAGCACCCAAGAUGGAGACUUCUCCUGUACUGAUGAGUACAGGCUUGCCUACUAGUCCUUUUUCCCACCUACCAGUUAGCUUUAAGACCCCUCAGGAUUCUAACCAGCAAAGUUCUUCAGCUCUAGUGACAAGUGGAAAACUGUCAGCUCUUCCUGGUUUUCAUCAUGUUUCCAGUGAUGCUCAGAAAGUGCCAGGUUUGACUCCCCUUUUGCCUUUUGGAACUCUGCAGGCAACAAAGUGCACCCUUCAUGAGAGCGAGAGUGCAUCACAGACUACAAUGCCUUCUGGAGCGUGGAGCCCUCCAUUGAUACCAGAAGAGAUUUGCACUGCCCCUGAGCUGCUCUUGCAACAGCAAAGCAAGUGCAGACGCUUUCAGAAUACACUUGUUGUGCUACGCAGGUCAGGGUUGCUGGAGAUCACUUUAAAAACCAAGGAGCUCAUUCAUCAGAACCAGGUGACGCAGGCUGAGCUGGACCGGCUGAAGCACCAGACACAGCUUUUUAUAGAGGCAAUAAAGAACAAUGCUCCACAGUCAUGGGCAGAGCUAGAAGCAUCUCUAACAGGAUCUGAUAAAGCUGAUAGCAACCUUGAAGACCCCACUUAUCCCAACAUGUAGUAAAAAUGUGCAUAGGUGUUGGUCAAGUUAUUUCUGUGCCUCCUUUUUCCUGUCUUAAACUUCUAUUUUGAGCAUUUUUUGAGUCCAAGAUUUGCAAAGUUGCAUUGCCAUUAAUGGUUUGUCUUCAGAGCCAACUGUGGAGCUGGAAUAGCAUGGUAGGUUCUAGACAGAAUGGGUACUUAGUACUGCAGUGUGACCUUGAAUUUUGUGCUAACUCUAUGUAAUUCCUUGGACUGAAGAAGUUUGUAUGUGCUCUUCUGGUCUGUUCCCAUUCUUGAAGUAAAGACAGUAAUUUGCAGCAUUCUGUUAGCAUUCCCAUCUUCAGAUGGUUGUUUCUGAGAGGGCAGCAGCAGAACAGGUGCCACUGUUGGGCCAUCACCAGUUUCAGGUAGAUGAAGGGAGUUGGUGUGUGGUGAAGUCCUUCUCCCAUGCCGUUCCUUCUUUUUUUAUGUAGAGUAAUCUGAUGAAUGUAGUGAGGGUGGGAGGUGUGUCAGCUUAGAUAAACUUGCUAAAAAUUUUAUCUACCUAAGUUUGAACUUCAAAAAACAAUCUCUAAAACAUUUUUUUUUUCUUCAUAUUGACUGACAGCAUUCCUAGGCUGCUUGCCUUGAGAUAUUGCUAACACCACAGUAUCCAUAAGAUACUGACCUUGCUAGUGGAGAGCCACAGUAGUUAUGUUACAAAAACUGAUUUACAGACAUUUAUUUCAUUGCAGUUUUCUAGACAGUUAACUACAUCAUUCCCUACAAUCUGAAGGGAUUUUUUCCAGAGGCAGUUUGUGUAGAAAAUUGAGAGCAGCUUUGUCUAAGAACAUUAAGGAAUCUGAAUCGUCUGUGAUAUGUUCCUUUCUGUGUGACAGUAUUUUCAAAAACUCGUGCAAUCUAGGUGACUAGGUAUUUGAUUCUUUUUAUCAUCUGUUUCAGAUUGUAAAAAAAAAAGAAACUUGAAAGUAGACUGGAUGUCUUGCUAAUUUGUGAUGAGACAGUCAUGCAGACUUUACAUUUUCUGAUGCCUCUAGGAAUCAGUAUUGCAGGAGACUGUAGAGAAUACUUUUACAGUCCUUCCUGAAAUAGGUGGAUUAGAGAAAUUGUAAAGGACUUCUCUCUUGUAAGGGAUUUCACCCUUUUUACAUUGGUGAAAAGAUGCUUUACAUGUCUUACGAAGUUGAGGCAUGUGAGUCUUGUUUGUAAAACCAUGGGCCUGGAAAGAAACGUUGUGGCAGGGUUUGCUCUAGUGGAGCUGUAGCAAACUAGUAGCCAUGCCUUUCAUGGGAUCCUGCCUACCUGCUGAAGACUGGUACAGUAUGUGGGAAUUGCUUAGAAGUGUUGGUAGACUGUUCUGGCAUUUAGUUGUUUUAAUAUACCUGAUAUAGUUGUGAUACUACCAUGUCUCAUAACUUGCAGCCUGGCGAUAUUGGAACUCAGCCAGCAAACUCAGGAGGAGUAUUUUCCCUACUUUUCCUAAAGUUCUUAUUCUACCUAUUAAAUAGGAGAAUUUGAAGUUCAGAAUAUGUAUUUUUAGGAUGCAAUUGUCCUAGAAAACAAGAUGAUGGGCUCAGGGUACCUUGAGAUGAAAGGGAGGCAGAAAAAAUGAAGUCCAAUUGUAGCUGUUUGAGACAAGGAAAAAUGAGUCUCCCAGUGACCUUCUCCAUUCUAUUUCCACUGCUCUAAUAGAGUAUAAAGGAAUGAAAAACUUGUUUUGCAGGGCAGUACCCUCUGACUGAAGGAGGCUUAGCUGGUGGAAAUCUCUUGCAGUCCUUAUAGUACCACAUGUACUUUUUGCCUGACAGUAUGGAGGGUGGGCUGAAGUGGGUGUGCUUACAGCUAAUGGGCCUUUCAGCUGGUGUAAUUUGUAUAAAUACAUGUUCAAUAAAUCUGUGAAUAAAGUCCAGCAGCUGGUUAGAAAUCUCCUACUGGGCAUCAGUCCAGACUUAAAUACUAUUUACUGAACUAGAAAAAUCCACUCUGGAACUCAUACUUAAAUCGGGGGCUCUUUAGGAAGCAUAUCCCUAGAUAAUGGGAAACCUUAACAUCUAUUAAAAAAAGGAUGUUGAAGGUCUCUGGUGAUAAAUAUGUCAUCAGGUACCAUUCUGUUCAGUUUUAUUAGUUGCCUUUUUUUCUGGGAGCCCUGAUAAAGCUUUAAAACAAUAAGGGUUUUCCUUUCUUGGCUGCAAUGUAAUAAAAUAGGUUAGCUUGGAAAUGCAUUUGGAAAAUUAGUUGACUACAUCGGGACAAGGAUAAGUCCAGAUUCUGGGCAGGAUCUGAAACUGGUCCAGUGGAUUUGAACAGAAAUAUUAGCCUCCAAACUGAGCAGUGAGCUCACAGGUUUGUUUGGUUGUUUUUUGUUUUAAUCUUUGAAACAGCAAGACUUGGUAUUAAGAAGUUAGCUGAAGACAGCUGCCUUUAUCUAAUCAGAUGGCCUGCUGCAGCUUCAGCUGUUGCUGACAACUUACAAGUGGGUAGCUUGAUGGGUCAGACAGACUGGUUUUUGUAUUAAGUUUUAAUAAAUGUUGGUAUUUUUGAUUACUUUUACUAUGUCUUUUUGAAAUUCUACUGUUCUAGUUGGAAUGUAAAUAUUUUCUGUACUUUCAAAGCCCGUUGCUAGCUCUGAAUACAGUAGCCUAACACCUCUGUUAUAGAACAUGACCUUUUUGCUAAAACUUUACAGAAAUUGACUGUGAAAUAUGAAUGAAAUAAAGUAUAUACUUGAAAAGUU